AUGUUCUCACCAAGAGCAACUCUGCUUCUGCUGGCAGCGACAGCGGCGCAAGCUACUCUACAGAUCAUACCCGGCGCGACGUGGACAGCGACCAACACAGGCACGCACGUCCAAGCCCACGGCGCCGGCAUCAUACAAGAGAGCUCGACGUACUACCUGAUCGGCGAAGACAAGACCGACGGCAGCGCCUUCCAGAACAUAAACUGCUACUCGUCGACCAACCUCGUGGAAUGGACAUACGUUGGCGCGCUGCUCUCGCAGACGGCCUCCGUGGGCGACCUGGGCCCGGACCGCGUCGUCGAGCGGCCCAAGCUGAUCUAUAACGACGACACCGGGCUUUACGUCAUGUACAUGCACAUCGAUGAUAUUAGUUAUGGCGAGGCGAAGGUGGGCGUCGCGACGAGCAGCGAGGUUUGCGGGACUUAUACGUAUAGGGGCAGCUUCCAGCCGCUGGGGUUCCAGUCGAGGGACUUGGGACUGUUUCGGGAUGAGGAUGGGAGCGGGUAUUUGCUUACUGAGGACCGCGAGAACGGCCUCCGCAUCGACGCCCUCAGCGCCGACUACCUCAACGUGACCGAGCCGGUCUACCUCUGGUCCGACUCCAUCGAGGCGCCCGCCCUCUUCAAGCGCGACGGCACAUACUACAUGUUCGGCUCGCACCUGACGGGCUGGGACCCCAACGACAACGUCUACAGCACGGCGACGUCGCUGGCGGGGCCGUGGUCCGCGUGGGCCACGUUUGCGGACGUCGGCUCCGACACGUACGACUCGCAGACUAAUUACAUAUUGCCGCUUGGGGAUGGUGCCGUCUACCUCGGCGACCGCUGGGUCUCGACGAACCUGAUGCGCAGCACGUACGUCUGGCUGCCGUUGACGAUUGAUGGGACCAGCGUCUCGAUGGCGAACCACGUGAACUGGACACCCGAUGUCGCGGCCGGCACCUGGGCCGUCGGUCCCAGCGAGACGAGUCCCGAAGCCGAGAGCGCGACACCGGGCGGCGAGGCCGUGGAAGUCGCGUGUUCCGGGUGCAGCGGCGGGGAGGCCGUGGGGUAUAUCGGCGGCGACGAAGCAAGCCCGGGCACGUUGACCUUCUCGGGCGUGAGCAGCGGGGUCGCUACGCGUAGUACAAUCCGUAUCAAGUAUGAGAACGGCAACACGGCGCAGAGGUUUGCGAAUGUUAGUGUUAAUGGUGUUAGUAAAGUGGUGGCGUUCCUGCCGACGGAGGAUGGGAAUACGCCUGGGAGCAGCUCGUUGCAUGUGGAUUUGAAGGCUGGGGCGAGCAAUACGGUGGUUUUCUCGACGAGUGGUGGGGCGUACGGACCGGAUGUUGAUCGGAUUAUGGUGCCUGUUUCGUAA